AUGUCCCGACCAAAAUUCAACCACAUACGACGUCCACACGGUUUCAGAUUAAAGACUCCUUUGGCUUGGGGGCCAUCAGCGCUCGAUUACGAGUCCAAAGUUGCAGCGGUUGACUCGACGUCCUCGCCGUGGAAUAGAUACGUAACCGGAGAUGUUUUUAGAGACUUCAACAAGAUAUACAAUACCGUCGAUGGUGCCGCAGCCUUUGGAGUGCACUCUCAGGGCGGAGAAUUCCUUGAAUCAUUCUAUCUCGCUGCAGACCAAUCAGGAAACCCAGGGACGCUCUUUCGAUACGUUAACUGUGCCCCGUUCGGGUAUAUAAAUGACACAUAUCUAGUUGGAGUCGCCGACCAGUAUAAUAACCCUAUCCUUGUCAACAACCCGUUCUUUGGCCUUUCUCCUGCCAAGUGUACAAUGACCACUCGAGACCUUUUGUUCUGGCCAGUGACGGCAUAUACGAUGGCCUGUGGUGGUCCGCAUCUGGGCAAUGAAGAUGCCGCCGGCUACUUGGCCAGCAGUAUCGAUACCCUGACGAUUCUAUACAUAAACAGCCAGCCUGGUAACAUUCACAACAUCGCCAUUUACCCCGGCGUUACAAGUAUAGAUAGAUUUUACUCUGCAUCUCCGAUGGCUUUGGAGCGCCAUACCGAGAGUGCUAGCAAGGCGGUUUCGACCCUCCUCAAUUUGUCGACCAUUGAGACCCCUGGCGCGGUAUCGUAUAUCAACUGGGCGCAUGCUCCAGAGUGGAUCAGUAAUGUGCUGGACGGUCACUGGGACGUGAACACAGACCGUAGUCUCGAGGAGCUGUGGGCUCGCGGAACACUCGAAGAGUUUGGCCAGUAUUCCCUGCAGUAUGCGAAUGACGUCGCUGCUGGUCGUGUUGUCAUCGUUGCUGACAAUGUCCUUGUGGACAUCAACGGGAUGUCGUCAAGUACAGCUUUGGAGAACUAUGCUCGCAAGCUCCUGGGGCAUACGAUUCACAGGAACCGCCCUCCUUUGGCUAUGCCUGUUAUCAGAUAUGGUCCGAAAACCAUUGUUCAGGGAGUCGAUACGCGAUUUUUGCUCUACUUUGAGCUCAACAAAAACAUUGCCGCUGCCGCUGCCAGUCCUGAAGGAACUGGCAUUCUUUUUGACAACUAUGUUCUUAAGGAGGGUCUAGAAGCGUCCACCGCGCAUUCUAACUUGAGUUUCGAUGUUCUACUAGCACCAUGUACGAUUUGGGUGAAGCGAAUGCAGCUUUCCCUUCAGAUGAUUGUCAAGGCUGCAAUCCCUUGGGAGAAGAAUUUUGUCGAGCCUCGGUGCGCAUUCGGCCUAGCAUGA